AUGCCUGGCGACCUCAUUCAAGCAAAGGACCCUCGUACCUCAAAACCCGACGAGCUACAGAGCAAGGUCUUAUGCUGCCGCGACUCCGGCGUACCUGGUAUAUACCCUCGCUACGCGGGGCAGAUUCGCUCUGUCCGUCUCAGGCCUCGCGAUGGCAGUCGGGACGUUCAUCUGUAUACCUCCCUCCAUUGCAGCAUUGCUGGCAAGCCCCAUUCGACUCCACCAUAUGAAUGCGCAAGGGAAGCAAACUACUGGGGCGGUUUAGGGCUCCUCUCAAUCAUGCCACUGACCCAUAGCUUGAUGCUCAAAGACAACAAGGGCGCUCCAACGCGCAAGAUCUUGAGGGACUGGCGUGAUGCUAUCGUUGGUGGCGCGGUGCUCGCGGGCGCGAUCCUCCCCGCGCUCCUCCUCGGGCGCGCGCCCAAAGCCUUCUUGCAAGACUUCACCCGCAAUGGGAAGUUCGUAUACUCUUUCCGCAAUGUUGGCAAACUGACCCCUACACGACCCGCGAUGGAAAUCGUACUCUACAACCACGCCCAGCACGAGCACCUCCUGCCGGCCUUUGGCGAGAUCCACGUCGCGUGCAUGAAGCACGACAACCUGUGCGCGACCAUCCUGACGUACGACACGGCCAAGGCGACGGCGCUGUAUCGCGGGUUCGCCGAGGAGAGCGUAGAUGGCCGGCGCAACAUGUGGCUCGCAAGGGCGCCGUUGGAAGAGGGUGGCGAGCCCGAGGUCGUGGGCUUCGUGUCGCUUGAGAAGUCGCAGGCAGAGACGGGCUCGUUCAGAGGCGACGUGCAGAAGCUCAUCGUGUCGCCAAGAUAUAGGAAGAAGGGCGUUGCGCGUGCUCUACUGGGCAAAGUCGAAGAGCUUGCUGAGGCAGAGGGUCGGACUAUACUGACUCUCAGCACGGAAGUUGGUAACCCAGCGGAACAUGUCUAUCGUCGGCUGGGCUGGACAAGCUAUGGUGUCAUCCCGCGGUUCACGAUUUCCCCGAGCUCAUCGCACGAGCUCAUGGAUGAGGUUUUCUUCUACAAGAUGCUGCCCUCGCACGGAACGAACGUCAAGCUGCCGCCGGCAUGA